UCCUUCAGGCUUCACAUCCGGGUCAUCCGCCAGUAUCUGUCUCCUGCGUCUGUGUGUCUGACAGAGUAAUAAUCAUUCCACCCGCCUGCCGCCGCCGCGCCGUACCGCAGCCCUCCGUCCGACCGCGCGGCUCGCCGAGCGGACACUGCGCCUGGCGUGCGCCGCCGAUGGUGAUGGAGCCACGGGCGCCGUGAAGCUGCAGCCGGUCGGUCGCCAACAAAGGCUGGGAUGAGAUGAGAUGGUAGGAGGCGUUUGUAUGGGCUAGCCCGUGGAGAUCAACUCGCCCUAACCAUGUCGAAGAGCCUCAAGAAGAAGAACCACUGGACCAACAAAGUCCACGAAGCGGUGGUGACGCGGGGGAAGGACGGGGAGCUGGGGUUCGAGCUGAAGGGGGGCGCGGAAAUCGGCCAGUUCCCCUACUUCGGCGAGGUGAAGCAGGGGAAGGGGCUGAUCCAGAGCGGCAAGCUGGCCCAGGACGAGCUGCUGCUGGAGGUCAACGACAUGCCAGUGGCCGGGCUCACCACCCGGGACGUGUCGGCGGUGAUCAAGCACUGCAAGGACCCGGUCCGCUUCAAGUGUGUCAAACAAGGGGGAGUGGUUGACAAGGAUUUGCGGCACUACCUCAACCUGCGCUUCUCCAAGGGCUCAGUGGACCACGACCACCAGCAGAUCAUCAGAGACAACCUCUACCUCCGCACCGUUCCCUGUACCACCAGGCAGCCUAAGGAGGGGGAGGUGCCGGGGGUGGACUACAACUUCGUGAGUGUGGAGCGUUUUAUGGAACUGGAGCAAAGUGGAGCCCUGCUAGAGAGUGGAACCUAUGAAGAUAACUUCUACGGCACACCGAAACCUCCAGCGGAGCCGUCCCCUGCUGCCCCUCCUCUGAAUGUGAGUGAGGCCUUGCUGCCCGGAGCCCGGCCCAGCGCCCAGGGCAAGAGGAAGAGGAACCAGUCAGUCAGCAACAUGGAGCAACGCGCCAGCCUGGAGCCGCCCGAGGAGGAGGAAGAGGAGAGCCCGAUAGUCAAUGGCAAUGGGGUGGCCAUCACACCAGAGUCCAGUGAACACGAGGACAAGAGCACAGAUGCCUCUGGGGAGGUUGCUGUUGAGGUGUCCAGCCAGGCCCCAGCCUCCGCUGAGCCCCCCACCGAAGAAGAAGAAGAAGAAGAAGAGGCUCCAAAAUCUCCUUCCAAAUCCCCCAUCAAAGUCCCAGAUGCAGAUGAGGAAGAGCUCGGUCCUCUGCCUGACAACUGGGAGAUGGCCUACACUGAGAAGGGGGAGGUCUACUUCAUAGAUCACAACACCAAAACAACAUCGUGGCUUGAUCCUCGGCUCGCUAAGAAAGCGAAGCCACCAGAAGAAUGCAGGGAAGACGAGCUGCCCUAUGGCUGGGAGAAGAUAGAUGACCCCAUCUAUGGCAGCUACUAUGUAGAUCACAUCAAUCGAAGGACUCAGUUCGAGAACCCAGUCCUUGAAGCAAAGAGACGCCUGGAGCAGCAGCAACAGAUGCAGAGCCAGGGACUGUCCGCUCUGCCUUUGCCCACUAUAUACAGAGAGAAGCCGUUAUUUACAAGAGACCCGACUCAACUGAAGGGCACCUUCCUGUCCACUGGCCUGCAAAAGAGCAACAUGGGAUUUGGCUUCACGAUCAUCGGAGGCGACGAGCCGGACGAGUUCCUGCAGGUGAAGAGUGUGAUACCAGAUGGACCUGCCGCUCAGGAUGGAAAGAUGGACACAGGUGAUGUCAUCGUCUACAUUAAUGACAUCUGUGUGCUCGGCACCACUCACGCCGAUGUGGUCAAACUGUUUCAGUCGGUACCGAUUGGUCAGAGUGUGACCCUUGUGCUCUGUCGAGGAUAUCCUCUGCCUUUUGACCCUGAGGACCCCAAUGCAGCUGCGAACACCUCUCUGACACCCAUUGGCCUGGAGCACCGCCCCCUGGUGGUGAACGGCCGUGGCAGCUACGACCCAUACCUGGAGUACCUGUCCUUGAGCUCCCAGCUGCCUCCACAGGCUCUGGCCCAGGCUGGGCAUCACCCCGGGGACACACAUCUAGACGGCUCAUCCCUGCCGCCCACCACACCCGGCUCAGCCUCGGCACUCACGCCUCAUGAAGACAACGUGUCCAUGGCCUCCUCGGGAACUGCAGGGGUUGCCGGGGCAACUGCACAAGGGGCAGAGCUGCUGACGGUUACUAUGGUGAAAGGAGCGGAGGGAUUUGGGUUCACUAUUGCUGAUAGUCCCACUGGUCAACGAGUGAAACAGGUGCUGGACCCAGGCUCACAGGCAGCGUCGGGGCUGAUAGAGGGAGACCUGAUCCUGGAGGUGAACCAGCAGCCAGUGGCUUCAGCCGGACACGGGCGAGUGGUGGAGAUGCUGAAAGAGUGUCCUGUGGGAGCGGAGGCAACGCUCCUCAUACAGAGAGGAACAGGCCACAUCUCUCCAUGGAAGGCGGCCAAACAGAUGACAGAGCAGUGGGACCCACAUGGCAGCCCCCAGGCCAACUUGUCCGGUACACUCUUGCCGCCUGGCACUUCGUUCCCAAACCAGCCGCAGCACCGCACUUCUGUGCCUGAUUCAAACGAAGGCUUCGACCUCAACAAACCUGACCCUUAUGACCUUUACGAGAAGUCGAGAGCCAUCUACGAGAGCCGACGUCCAGAGUACGAGGAGGUGGAGGUGCACCUGCUGAGGGAGAAGACUGGGUUCGGCUUCCGUAUCCUGGGGGGAGACGAGGCCGUGCAGGCUGUGAGUCCGGACGCCCGUGACAAGAUUGUUAUUGGCGCCAUAAUAGAGAACACACCCGCUGAGCGUGAUGGGCGGCUUCGACCCGGGGAUGAGCUCAUCUCUGUGGAUAAAAACGUGGUUGCUGGGAAACCGCACAAAUACGUAAUAGACUUGAUGCAUGCAGCUGCUCGCAACGGUCAAGUCAGCUUGACUGUGAGAAGGAGAGUGCAAAUGCCUGGUGAACUGUGUCCUGUGAACGGCCGCAGCCCCGGCUCAGUGUCGACACAACACAGCUCUCCACGCAGCGACGCAGCCUCGGCUUCGGGCCCUCCAGCCCUCGUUGCCCCCGCUGCCACCUCUCCUCCAGAGGGAUCCGGGCUGCAAACCAGUGAUGUGGUUAUUCACCGCAAAGAGAAUGAGGGCUUCGGCUUCGUCAUCAUCAGCUCCCUGAACAGACCGGAGAACGCCGCUGUCAUCACUGUGCCUCAUAAAAUAGGACGUAUCAUCGAGGGCAGCCCUGCAGACCGAUGCGGGAAGCUGAAGGUGGGCGACCGCAUCCUGGCUGUGAACGGACAGUCUAUCAUCAGCAUGCCUCAUGCAGACAUCGUCAAGCUCAUCAAAGAUGCUGGGCUAACGGUCACGCUGCACAUCAUUCCAGAGGAGGGUUCCCAUUCUGGCCCCGGCUCAGAGAAGCAGAGCCCCAUGACCCAGAAACACAGCCCUCAGGCCCAGCCCAGCCCUGUAGCCCAGCCAAGCCAAGGAAGCAUCCAGCCCAGCCAAACAGCUCCUCAGCCGGGCCAGACGGCCACUCAGCCAGGUCAAGCACCUGUCCAGUCCGGCCAGACACUAACUCAGACAAGUCAAGCAGCGACGGGCCCUCCUGCACCCGCAGCCUCCCAGCCCGCACCAGCUGGAUCCCAGCAGAGCCCGGUCAGCCAGCCCUCCGGCCUCCCCCCACAGCUCUACCUCCACGACGGCAGGUCAGAGGUAAAAGCCAGACAGGAUGUCAAACCUGACUUCCGCCAUCCUCCGUUCACUGAUUACAGGCAACCUCCGGUAGAUUACCGUCACCCACCGGUUACCGAUUAUCGACAGCCUCCCACACUGGACUACCGACACCCGCCUGGUCUGCUGGACUUUAGACAACAUCCUGCCGCAGCACAGUUCCCCCUGGGGCUCCCUGCUGACUUCAGACCACAGGACUACGAUUACUUCACAGUGGAGCUGGAGAAAAGUGCGAAAGGUUUCGGCUUCAGUAUCCGCGGAGGCAGAGAGUACAAGAUGGACCUGUUUGUGUUGCGCCUUGCUGAAGACGGUCCUGCCAUACGUAAUGGAAGGAUGAGGGUAGGGGAUCAGAUCAUAGAGAUUAACGGGGACAGCACUCGAGACAUGACUCACGCCCGAGCCAUUGAACUCAUCAAGGCGGGAGGCCGGCGGGUCAGGCUGCUGUUAAAGAGAGGCACGGGACAGGUGCCAGAUUAUGGAAUGGUACCUCCCAACCUCUCCAUGUGCAUGAAAGGUGACACACUAAGCUCCCCCUAUUUCUUCCUAAUGGGCCACUCUAAAGACACGCUGACUGUGUUCUGUUCCCGCCCAGCAGACUGUACCAACCCCUGGGAUCCCCUUUCUACAGCCCACUCUGCCCUGCAGGAAGUGACCCUCGAGCCCCACCCGAUUCCAUUGCUCUCAUCCCAUCCAGCCCCAGACUCCCCUCAUCAACUCCCCCUAGAGGCCACAGUGUGCAUGGCAGAGAAAGCUCCACAGCUGACAGACCACUGCUCCAUUAGAGGGGCUACAGGUGGCAGGUCCACCCAGCAGAGGGGCAUCAUCAGGGGGCAGGGAACCCCUCAGGGGUCUGGAGAGGUGGACUGUGGACCGGUUGACAGACAGCCUCGGGCUUUGCCUCCUAAAGCUGUCCUGGGGAGGUCCGUCGAAAGACGAGAGAGGCCGAAGGAGACGUGCUCCCCCUGCUGCGAGAGAAAGGGCCUGCACACACAGGCCCUGAGCACUGUCUGGCCCUGGGACGCAUAUGUGAGUGUGAAUUCAAACGGAGCCUCUCUGGCAAGUGGAGAUGGGCAUGUCAACCUCCAGGAGAGGCCGGUGUCUAGAGGUCUGUACCUCAGAGAAGAGGAGAGGGCCGGUGGUCACAGUGGGCUCUGCUGCCCCUCGAAAACUGUGGAGGAUCCUCCUGCGAGGAGUGCAGCUGCCUCCCCCGGGCCCUGGAACAUUCCUGGGUCUGAUAAACUGCCUGGCACCCUGAGGUCCUGGACCUCCACUGUAAGCAGGUAGAAAGGAUCUAGCUGGUUUGAACUGGAUCACACUGUCUGGCUCCUCAUUCAGAUCACCAUCAGAUAUCUGAGAACAACUGUAAAUCUCCCUCGCUCCCUCUUUCUGUUCUGUUUUCUUCUCCAUUUACUUCUGAAAUCAUAUUUUGUUUUGUUCUUACCAGAUGAUUAUUACACCCGCCACCUUAAAAAACAGAGAAAUGUUCACAGCUAUUGUGACAUAGAGUAUAAACCCCGAUGGACUCAGUAUGAAGACAUUUUAGACCCUCGGAUGCCAGAGUUGAUGCUCUGAUCACAGACGGAGAGACGAUGUCUGAGUUAACGUACUUUAACCGCUCGACGGAAUCUGGCUCCCAUCGGUUCGUGCAACAUAACCUCAUAUGGAAAAAGGUUGGUCAGCAGGAGAGAGACAUAUGUGCAGCCAAGAGGUUUACUCGUGCUCCAUUUUCUCCGUGCAGUGGCAAGAAAUGAGACGACAAAUGUGUCAGAUGGAGGAAGUGACACUGAAACUCCUGGAGGACAUGGCACUGACCCAUGUGGUUAACCCGACAUAUGUUAAGAUCUCACACGCCUACCAAUAUAUCAUAUACUGUAAAUGUAAAGAUGUGAUAAAUAUGUACAUUUGGUAAACUCCAAAACAAACCUGUCGGUGUUUUUUAAGGCAGUGUUGUAGUUAGAAGAAAGAAAAAAAAAACACAGGACAGUAUUUUAGGAUCAAUAUUUCCGCGGCCUCGUCUAUGACUACAUAUCAAAGACUGUGAAAGUCACCAAACCGCUGAGGGAGGCAGUGGUCGUGUGCAUGGAUGUGAACCACCAUGUCGUAACACAGGGACUCACAUGUCUUCUAGAGGUAGAACAUUGGGAGGACAUCCUCUGUGGAGCUGAACAGUCGCUUCUCAUGUGAGACAAAGAUAUUCUCUUCUUUUUUUUGUUUUUCAUUAAAUUCAACUUCUGGGUGACUGACGACAGUUGGCUUAGUAAGAACUCAUUAUACUGUUCUGAGUUAUGUACACAACCAGAUCACAAGUCAACCAUGCAGUCAUUGUGCAGAAUUCGAAGCUGUGCUGUAUUCAUUCGAUGCUCAACAGAAAAAAGAAAAAAACAACAGAAAACUGUCCCGUCUAUAUUUCCCAUUUCUAUGCCUUUUACUGUGCUAAGUGCACCACAUCACUGUGGGAGAGGGGCAUCGGUGCGGGGAGGAGGAGGCCGAUGGUUACGAGGUGGGGCGGAGUGCCUUACUCAAACUAAUGCAGAGCUGUUGGGAUUUGUUUUUUCUGGGAACUGAAUGCAAAACAGAUGUUAGUGACCACGCACACACAUAUCAGCAGCCCGUUGAGUUGUGGGGCCUGUUUUCUUCGGACUGAACACCGAGCAGUAUCCACAGUUAUCUUGAUGCACUCUCAGCUUUAUAGCGAAUCAAAGUCUACGAUUGCCCUCGUCCCCCCCUGGUGUCGAAAGAGGGGAAACGAUGUAGCCUGUAGCAUUACACCCUCUUCUUGGAGAGUAAACCUGGGAGAGUCGAGCUGUGAACGGUAUUCCAGACAGGGUUAUUAUCUAAGUGGACCAUGGUUUCUGUUGUGCGUUAAUUUCAGCUUUAUUUGUCUGUUCUACACACACACACACGUGCAGGAAGCGGCGAUUUUUUUCCGUGAAACAUAAAUUUAUUGAGACAUCUGUCGAGUCGAAGGCAUGCUGCUAUUAAACCACAGAUCAAGUCACCAUCCUCCUGCAUUUAUCUCCAUUUUGAUAUUGUUCGUUUGCUCUCAUUCAAAAUCAAUCACCACCGUUUUUGAGUACUGAAGGAAAUAUAAGUUUAAAAAAACAAAUUAUAAGCAUUGUUAAAAAUGGGACUGAAUGACGACAGAUCCGAGCCGUUUGCGUUAAGAUCUGGAAACUCGAGCACGACCUUGUGCGUAAAAGAGUCAUCCCAGUGUCUUCUGGGUAAAAAGUCCUCUGGACGUUGGUGAGCUGACUUGACAGGUUGAAUACACCUGUGGUUCAUGUGAGCGAUUAGCAUGGGACCUGCCAUGAGGCUGUAGGAAGGUGUUCAGUGUAUGUAGGUGAGAGAUUAUGUCAUCCAGCCACCCCCUUGCCUGCUGUGAGUGAUUUUGUAAACAGAAACAAAAAAAAAAAUGCUUUAUCUGAACCCGUGAAGGAUGGCACGUUCAUAAAUCCCCAUUGAGAUCAAGUAUAACUGUGUAGUGUUAAUUGUGUACUAUUCACCUUGUACAGCUGUAUUCCUACAAAUAUGGUUUACUGUAUCAUUGAUACUGUAGUUUCAAAGACGUGAACAACUAUUUUUAUGAAAUGCGACAGUACUGAUAUAUUACAUUUUGCUAAAAAAUAAAAAACUUGUUUACUGAAAGAUAUUCUGAAAUACUGUCAAAUAAACUCUUGACAUGGUGUAAAAUA